GUCAUUUAUGCAGAGAGGGUGCUGCUGCCAUUGCCACUUACACUCCCGGCGCGCCGCUCGGAGCCGGAGGGAGCGCGGGGAGAGAGCUAGCGAGCGCUCGGAACCUGGGCCAGCAGAGGGGGCGCCCGGCUGCUGCCUGCACCGCCGCCUCCGUCGCGCUCGGGGGCCCCUGGAGGAGCAAGGGCGAGUCGGAGAGUCCGGGAGCCGAGCCCGGCGAGACCCAGCUGCGGGAGGGCGCCCGCCCCACUCAGCCGCCUCCUGCGCCCGAGCCGGGGAGCGCCGGCCGACCGCCCCGCGGGCCGGAGAGCUGGGAGCACAGGUCUCCGGAGCCCCAGGGAUGGUCUAGGAGUCGGCGCGAGGCUCGCUGCUCUGCUCCCUGCCGGGGCUCGCCGCCUCCUGCCGAUCGCCCAGGGCUGCGAGCCGCGGCGGCCGGGGGCUGCGAGCCGGGGCGGCCCAGGCCGGAGAAGUUAGUUGUGCGCGCAGCUUAGUGCGCGGAGCAAGCGAGCGACCGAAGAAGCAGCGAAGCGCCGGGGCCAUGGGCUGGGGGAGCCGCUGCUGCUGCCCGGGACGGCUGGACUUGCUGUGUGUGCUGGCGCUGCUCGGGGGCUGCCUGCUCCCCGUGUGCCGGACGCGCGUCUACACCAACCACUGGGCAGUCAAAAUCGCCGGCGGCUUCCCGGAGGCCAACCGCAUAGCCAGCAAGUAUGGAUUCAUCAACCUAGGACAGAUCGGGGCCCUGAAGGAUUACUACCACUUCUAUCACAGCAGGACGAUUAAAAGGUCAGUUCUCUCAAGCAGAGGAACACACAGUUUCAUUUCAAUGGAACCAAAGGUGGAGUGGAUCCAACAACAAGUGGUAAAAAAACGGACCAAGAGGGAUUAUGACUUUAGCCACGCCCAGUCCACUUACUUCAAUGAUCCCAAGUGGCCAAGCAUGUGGUAUAUGCACUGCAGUGACAACACACAUCCCUGCCAGUCAGACAUGAAUAUCGAAGGAGCCUGGAAGAGAGGCUACACGGGAAAGAACAUCGUGGUCACCAUCCUGGAUGACGGCAUUGAGAGGACCCAUCCAGACCUGAUGCAGAACUACGAUGCUCUGGCGAGUUGUGACGUGAAUGGGAACGACUUAGACCCCAUGCCUCGUUAUGACGCGAGCAACGAGAACAAGCACGGGACCCGCUGUGCUGGAGAAGUGGCCGCCGCAGCAAACAACUCUCACUGCACAGUUGGCAUUGCUUUCAACGCCAGGAUCGGAGGAGUUCGCAUGCUGGAUGGAGAUGUCACGGAUAUGGUUGAAGCAAAAUCAGUUAGCUUCAACCCUCAGCAUGUGCACAUUUACAGUGCGAGCUGGGGCCCAGAUGACGAUGGCAAGACUGUGGAUGGACCAGCUCCACUCACCCGGCAAGCCUUUGAAAACGGUGUUAGAAUGGGGCGGAGAGGCCUCGGCUCUGUUUUUGUCUGGGCAUCAGGAAAUGGUGGGAGGAGCAAAGACCACUGCUCCUGUGAUGGCUACACCAACAGCAUCUACACCAUCUCCAUCAGCAGCACAGCCGAAAGCGGAAAGAAGCCUUGGUACCUGGAAGAGUGUUCGUCCACGCUGGCCACAACCUACAGCAGCGGAGAGUCCUACGAUAAGAAAAUAAUCACUACGGAUCUGAGGCAGCGUUGCACGGACAACCACACUGGGACAUCGGCCUCAGCCCCCAUGGCUGCAGGCAUCAUUGCACUGGCCCUGGAAGCCAAUCCGUUUCUGACCUGGAGAGACGUGCAGCAUGUUAUUGUAAGGACUUCCCGUGCAGGACAUUUGAACGCUAAUGACUGGAAAACCAAUGCUGCUGGUUUUAAGGUGAGCCAUCUCUACGGAUUUGGACUGAUGGAUGCGGAAGCCAUGGUGAUGGAGGCGGAGAAGUGGACCACUGUUCCCCAGCAGCACGUGUGUGUGGAGAGCACAGACCGGCAAAUCAAGACAGUUCGGCCCAACAGUGCGGUGCGCUCCGUCUACAAAGCGUCGGGCUGCUCCGACAAUCCCAACCACCACGUCAGCUACCUGGAACACGUAGUUGUGCGCAUCACCAUCACCCACCCCAGGAGGGGAGACCUGGCCAUCUACCUGACCUCGCCCUCAGGAACCAGGUCCCAGCUUUUGGCCAACAGGCUUUUUGAUCAUUCCAUGGAAGGAUUUAAAAAUUGGGAGUUCAUGACCAUUCAUUGCUGGGGAGAACGAGCUGCUGGUGACUGGAUCCUGGAAGUUUAUGACACUCCCUCUCAGCUGAGGAACUUCAAGACUCCAGGUAAAUUGAAAGAAUGGUCUUUGGUCCUCUAUGGCACCUCCGUGCAGCCAUACUCACCCACCAAUGAGUUUCCUAAAGUGGAACGUGUCCGGUAUAGCCGCGUUGAAGACCCCACUGAUGACUAUGGGACAGAGGAUUAUGCAGGUCCCUGUGACCCUGAGUGCAGUGAGGUAGGCUGUGAUGGGCCAGGACCAGACCACUGCAAUGACUGUUUGCAUUACUACUACAAGCUGAAAAACAACACCAGGAUCUGUGUCUCCAGCUGCCCCUCUGGCCACUACCACGCUGACAAGAAGCGAUGCAGAAAGUGUGCCCCCAACUGCGAGUCCUGCUUUGGGAGCCAUGGGGACCAGUGCCUGUCCUGUAAAUAUGGAUACUUCCUGAAUGAGGAAACGAACAGUUGUGUCACUCACUGCCCUGAUGGAUCGUAUCAGGACACCAAGAAAAAUCUUUGCCGGAAAUGCAGUGAAAACUGCAAGACAUGUACUGAAUCCGACAACUGUACAGAAUGUAGGGAGGGGUCAAGCCUGCAGGGAUCCCGGUGUGCCGUUGCCUGUGAAGACGGACGGUACUUCAACGGCCAAGACUGCCAACCCUGCCACCGCUUCUGCGCCACCUGUGCUGGAGCAGGUGCUGGUGGGUGUAUUAACUGCACAGAGGGCUACUUCAUGGAGGAUGGGAGGUGCGUGCAGAGCUGUAGUAUCAGCCAUUACUUCGACCACUCUUCAGAAAAUGGAUACAAAUCCUGCAAAAAAUGUGACACCAGCUGUUUGACAUGCAACGGUCCGGGGUUCAAGAACUGUACGAGCUGCCCCAGUGGGUAUCUCUUAGACUUAGGAAUGUGUCAAAUGGGAACCAUCUGCAAGGACGGAGAAUACGUCGACAAGCACGGCCUCUGCCAGAUCUGUGAAUCCUCGUGUGCCAAGUGCCGGGGGCCAACCCAGGAAGACUGCACUGGCUGCCCCAGCACAAGGAUUUUUGAUGAUGGUCGCUGCGUUUUGAACUGUCCCUCGGGCAAAUUUGAAUUUAAGAACCAAUGCCAUCCAUGCCACUCCACCUGCCAAGAAUGCCAAGGAGAUGAGCCCUCCAACUGCACCUCCUGUGGAGUAGAUAAGCACGGCCGGGAGCGGUUCCUGUACUGGGGAGAGUGCCGGGAGAACUGCCCCACAGGCCACUACCCUGACGAGGGCCACACCUGCCGGCCUUGCCCGGACAACUGUGAGCUUUGCCACAGCUCACACGUCUGCACACGAUGUGGGCGUGGCUACUUCCUGGUGCCCUCCAACCGCACCUGCCGGAAGUUAGAGUGUGGACAAGGUGAAGUCCAAGACCCAGACUACGAAGAAUGCAUGCCUUGUGAAGAAGGGUGUCUGGGAUGCAGUUUAGAUGAUCCAGGAACCUGCACAUCGUGCGCUAUGGGGUAUUACAUGUUCAAACACCAGUGUUAUGAAACCUGUCCUGAGAAGACCUACAGGGAAGAAUCUGAAUGCAAGGCAUGUGAUACAAACUGUGGCAACUGCGACCAGGAUGAAUGCUACUGGUGUGAAGAGGGCUUCUUCCUCUUGGGCGGCAGUUGCGUGAGGAACUGUGGCCCUGGCUUCUACGGUGACCCAGAGAUGGGAGAAUGUGAGCCCUGCCACCGAGCCUGCAAAACCUGCACCGGUGUUGGCCGCAACCAGUGCAGCAGCUGCGGAGAAGGGUUGCAGCUGCUGCAUGGGACGUGUGUGCAUCUGGCCCAGACCCAGGUGGAAGGCAGAUUCUGGAAUGACCUCUUGGGAAGAUACCAGCCUUGUCAUUCUUCUUGCAAAACUUGCCAUGGAUCUGCAACCCUGUGCACUUCGUGUCCAAAAGGCACAUAUCUGUUGGCUCAGACCUGCGUCCCAUCCUGUCCCCAAGGCAUGUGGCCCUCAGUGAGAAGCGGCAGCUGUGAGAACUGUACAGAGGACUGUGCCUCUUGCUCUGGAGCCAAUCUUUGCAAAGAGUGCCAAACGCAGCCAGACCACCCCCUCCUCCUCCAUCAAGGCAGGUGCUUAACCAGGUGCCCUGAGGGCUUCUAUGCAGAAGAUGGUACUUGUGAACGUUGUAGCCCUUCCUGCAGAACAUGUGAAGGGAAUGCCUCCAACUGCCACUCGUGUGAAAGAGGCCUCGUCCUUGACCACGGGGUAUGCCGGGAAACCUGCCCCGAGAGGCACGUGGCCGUGGAGGGGGUGUGCAAGCACUGUCCAGAGAUGUGUCAGGACUGCAUCCAUGAGAAAAUAUGCAAAGAAUGCAUGCCUGAGUCCUUCCUGUACAAGGAUACGUGCCACCAGUCCUGUCCCAGGCACUUCUACGCAGAUGCGCAGCACUGUGUUCCCUGCCAUGAAGACUGUCUGGAGUGCAGUGGCCCCUCAAUGGAUGACUGUGACCUCUGUGCUGAGGCGUCCUUGUUUCUCUACGAUGGGCAGUGUUUGGAGGAGUGUCCAGAAGGAACUUACUUUGAAAAAGGGUCUAAGGUUUGCAAAGACUGCCACAAGUCCUGCCGGACCUGCUCCUCCUCGGGGACCUGCACCACGUGUCAAGAAGGCCUGAGGGUGAACAACCACGGGGGCUGCGUGCCUCACACUGAAUGCGCCACCAUGGAGUACUGGGAUGAGGCGGCCCUGGCCUGCAAGGCCUGUCAUACCAAGUGCUUCCACUGCACGGGACCCUCGGAGGACCAGUGUCACACCUGCCUGCGGGACAGCCUUCUUCUCAACACGACCUGCGUGCAGGACUGCCCCGAGGGCUACUAUGCUGAUGAGGACAGCCACCGGUGUGCCCCCUGCCACAGCUCUUGUAGGACAUGUGAAGGGAGACACAGCAUGCAAUGCCUCUCCUGCCAGCCAGGGUGGUUCCAGCUGGGAAAGGAGUGUCUGCCCCAGUGCAGAGAAGGGUAUUACGCAGAAAACUCCACGGGGCGUUGCGAGAGCUGCAGCAGGAGCUGCAAGGCCUGCAGUGGCCCGCGGCCCACAGACUGCCUGUCCUGCGAUCCAUUCUUCUUUCUGCUCCACUCCAAGGGACAGUGUCAUCGUACCUGCCCAGAGCAUUACUACGCAGAGCAAAGCACACAGACCUGUGAGAGAUGCCACCCAACUUGUGACAAAUGCAAAGGAAAAGGAGCAUUGACUUGCUUAUCCUGUGUGUGGAGUUACCACCUGGUGGGAGGAAUCUGCGCCUCUGACUGUCUCGUGGGAGAGUACAGAGUGGGAGAGGGGGAGAAAUUUAACUGUGAAAAAUGCCAUGAGAGCUGCAUAGAAUGCAAAGGACCUGGCACCAGGAACUGCACUGUGUGUCCUGCCAACCUGCUGCUGCACAUGGAUGACAGCCGCUGCCUGCGCUGCUGCAACACCUCCGAUCCCACGGACACCCAGGAGUGCUGUGACUGCCAUGACACCACAGAUGAGUGUAUCCUUCGAGCAAGUGAGGUUGAGCCUGCAGGUGAGCGUUCCAGGACAGCCCUGCUCAUCACCUCCUCCGUUAUGCUGGCGCUUCUGCUCGGGGCAGCUGUGAUCAUCUGGAGGAAAUCUCGGGGCAGAGUCAGGCCCACAGAAAAGGCCGGCUAUGCAAAGCUGGCUGACCCUAGCAAGUCUUACUCCUCCUACAAGAGCAGUCAUCGCGAGAGCACCAGCUUUGAAGAGGAUCAGGUGAUUGAGUACAGGGACCGGGAGUAUGAUGAGGACGAUGAGGAUGACAUUGUCUACAUGGGCCAAGAUGGCACUGUCUACCGGAAAUUUAAGUAUGGGCUGCUGGAUGACGAUGAUGAAGAUGAACUGGAAUACGAUGAUGAGAGCUACUCCUACCAGCAAACAGAGGUCACCUCCUCCCCCAGCCCAUUCUACUCACCGGCAAGCGUGUGAGCAUUACAGUGUUGG